CGGACGGAGGGACGCACGCCAAGCCCCGCCCAGGAGCGAGCGAUCGUGCGACGCACGCGCAGCCUCCCCCUCUGCUCUGUCUUCAUCUUCAGCCUCCAUCCAGCCCGUCUUCGUCAUCUUCGCCAUCAGCAUUGUGUGGCGCCAUCUGCUGGCAGAAGAUGGCCCCUCCCAAAGCCUUUCCUGCUUUGGCUGUCAAUGACUGACACGUGACGGGUGGGGUGGGGGCGAACAGGUAGAACAGGCUCGACGAAUGAGCAAAGGUGUCGAGAAGCUGCACCUGGACGAGCAACGACGAGCGCCAUCGACGUCAUGGCGGUCAGCAAAGUCAUCAAGUAUCUCCUCUUCUUCUUCAACCUUCUCUUCUGGUCAGCGAGCAAACACUGAAACAUUGAUGAGAGCGGCUGUUGAAUGAUUGAUGGAGGCGACACCCUGGUCGUUAGUUGGCUGGCUUUUUGAUGAACUGCUAUGUCCGCAGCUGAGCGGCUGCAUCAUCCUGGGCGUGUCCAUCUACCUGAAAGUCAGCAAGGACGGCAACAGUAUCACCAACGAGUACCUACCGGGCAUCGACCUCCUCAUUGCCGUGGGCGUCAUCAUCAUGCUCUUGGGCUUCCUGGGAUGCUGCGGCGCCAUCAAGGAGAACAGAUGCUUGCUCAUUCUGUUCUUUGCCAGCCUGCUCCUCAUCUUCAUCCUCCUGCUGGCGGCAGGAAUUCUGGGCGCCGUGGGCGAGAAUAAGGUGAAGGAGUGGGUGAGGGAGCGCCUGCAGAAGCUGACGCCGCUGUCCGAUCAGCCCGAGAGCGUCAGGAAGGACCUGGAGAAGCUGCAGGAGGAGCUCAAGUGUUGCGGCCUGGUGAACGGAGCGUCCGACUGGGCCGUCCCCCCCGACUCGUGCCGAUGCGUGGGCCCCGACCCGCUUUGCGGCCCCGGCGGCCUCUACAACACGCCGUGCUCCACGCAGAUCAUCCGCCUGAUGGAGAAAAACAUGGAGGUGGUCAUCGGCAUCGCCUUCGCCAUCGCCAUCCUGCUGAUCGCCGGCAUGGUUUUCUCCAUGAUCCUCUACUGCCAGAUCACCAAGCAGGGCGGCGCCACCACCGCCGCCUGAACUCUCAAGGUGCGCCAGCUACUCUUGGUUGGAGAUGAUUUGCUGCCCACGGACCGACCACGUGGCGUCAACGGAGGAAAAACCAGCCUUAUUUUGUAUUGUUUUCCCCUUUCGGCGGCCGGUCUUCUUUUUGCUGUCUCGUGAAUUUCUGUUUGAUAAAUUGGUCCCACCAUGAACGUCA